UGAUAGGUAAAUAACUGUUUAUUCAUACUUUUAACGGUACAGUACACACUGGUAUCAUGCUACUUUUACUUCCCCGAGAGCAGUGUGAAGCUAUUGAGUGAUGAUAUUUUCAACACCCAACAGUGCAAAUGUGAAAGAUGAGAAUACACUAUGUUGAAGUUCGUUGGUCUCUCUACACAAACAAUUCCAGGAGGUCCUUCAACUUGCAUGGAGGCUGGACAUAUAUGUAAACGAGUACGGAGAGCCAUCUUAUCCAUCUUCAUCAGAAAAAUUUGUCGUCAUAAAAAAUGGCAAAUCAAAACUCUAUGCGUAGGACUUGUGAUAUUUAUUGUGACAAAGUGCUUUUCAGUGAGAAAUAAUGAAAUCAUUUUUGGAUGUGAAACUGAUUUUGGUUACACUCCUUACAAGUUCAAAAACUUGAACAACAUUAGUAUUGAUCCAUUAAACGUUCAUCCUUUUCGAUAUAAAUUUGUGGCUAAUACGGUGUGUGAAAAGAACGAGGACAUUUACCUUCUAACGCUUGUAAAAUCUGCAACUCAUAACUACAAGAAUAGGCUAUACAUAAGACAGACAUGGGGCAAAGAAGCCAAAUCAGAAAACCGACGCCUGGUUUUUAUUCUUGGAUAUUCAGAAGUCCAGCAGGCAUCAAUAGAAUAUGAAAAUCAAGUGUUCAAGGAUAUAAUUCAAGAAGAUUUCCAGGAUAAUUAUUGGAGCAACACCUACAAAAUGGAGAUGGCAUUCAGCUGGAUAACCAAAUACUGUAAUUCUGCAAAAUAUGUUUUGUUUGUGGAUGAUGAUAUGUUUGUUAACAUGGAAAACAGUUUGAAAUAUCUUAGCUCUGUUGACAGCAGUAAUGUGGAAUAUCUUUAUAGUGGAUAUCUAGUGGAAAAACCAUUUCCCACCCGUGAUUACACUAACAAACAUUAUGUGUCGUGGGAAGAUUAUCCCUUUGACUGUUUUCCUCCUUACAUACCCUCAGGAACAGUGUUCUUUAACAAAGCUGCUAUAAAUACAUUUCAAAAAGUUAUCCCCUAUAUUCCUCACUUUAGAGAAGAUGAUGUCUAUCUAGGUAUUGUCGCACAGAAAGUUGGAAUCGUGCCCUCCGAUAUCAGCUUUCUCAUUAGAUUAGGAGAUGGUAAACCACACACCAAGUUCAUUCCAUGUUUUAUUUCUGAUCAUGGAUAUUCAAAUGCAGAUUUCUUUCAAGAAGCUUAUAGAGAACUCCAAACAAACACAAUUUCCAUAGAUUAUAUUAUGAAAGUAUGUGUAAAUGACAUAACCAGGGUAGGGCAUUAAAAGUGUUCAUUGCAAAGCUGAAGCAUUCUCAAAUCUCAAAGGAACUGGAUUUAUGUGUGUGUGCUUCCUUUUUGUUCUUGAUUUUUUGCUUGAAGAAAACAGGAUCCCAAAGCUUUGAUUUAUUUCUAAACAGAGGGUAAUGUUUGUAUUUUGUAAGGACACUCCAUGAGGUAAAAGAUGUUCAAACAAGAAGUACACGGGCAUUGUGUAAUACUGGUAAACUCGUGCCAUACACUGUGUAUCUUAUUUUCUAAUACUUAAUUGUUUUAGAAGCAUAGACAUUGUCUCUGUCUGUUUUUUUCUUUUUUUGAAAUACAUGAAAUGACAUUUUAAAUUAUUACUGUCGCUUAUACAUGUAUGUCAAAUUCAUGUUUCACAUUCCAGUCAAUCUCGAUCUGAAGCAUUUAGCAUGUUUAGUGAGUGUGUGGUUUUGCUUAUGUGCAAAUCACAAACCGUUUAAUGUUAUAGUAAUUUAGCUUUACUUAUUUUCCCCUCAAAGGGGAGGGGAUACAGUAUUGCAUUUGUAAUGUAAUUUGCAUCAGGACCCAUAUCUAAUGCUAUCUUGAUUUAUAUAUAUGUAGAUAUGUGCUCUUUGCCAAGGGUCGCUUCGCUUUGUGGUGCCCUUGUUUUUCUUCUGAUUUUAUGGAUUGAGUAGAUCAGUAAGGAGAAGUUUUUCCUCAUUACAUUUGCAAUUAAAUUUUUUUUAUUUUUAUAUGUAAUACAUUAAAUAGCUUUAAUUUAAUGCUUAACAUUUGCUAAGUCAUUUUAUUUAUCUUAUACAUGUAUAUACUGUAGACAUAUGCUUUGCAAUCCCACCAUGCCUUUUAGUGGCAUUUUUGUUGGCUUAUUUUAAUGAUCUGUGUAUUUUUUGUAUUCAUAAUAUUACUUGAUCUCAUUGUUUGUUUUUUGUUCAGAGUGUGCUGUGAUAAUAAAAUGUUGUCGGAGUUUUGAAUGGUGAUGGAUGUUUAAUAAAAAGUUUUUAAAAUACAUUAUUUUAUAAUUUCUUAAAAGAACAAGAUAGGCUAAGGCCCCUUUCUGGUCCCUGGUUUGGGGUGUCUCUAACAUUGUGAUACCUCAACUUAAAAUCCUGUAAGUUACUGUGAAAUCACUAAUUUUCAUGGGGGUUUAAUUUUCAUUAUUUUCAAGGUAUGAAGAGACCCAGGGAUUUAUGUCCUCCACAAAAUACAAUUUUUCACAUGUAUUAUUACUGAACAAUUCUUCAACCACAAAAUCAACUCCCCAUACCCCGUUAUAUUUUUUCAAACCACAAACUAUUUAACCCCUCAGAAAAUGUGAUUCUACAGUAUCAUCCUUGCAACAAACAAGUAUUGAUUUUAAGUUACAGGGUAUGGAGAGAUUACAGGAAGGUCACAAAAAUUGAUUAUUUUCCAGAUUUACUAAAUUUUAAAUUGUAUUCAUCUUUUCAUUAAUUUUCAAGCAAUUUGUUUCAGAAAACACAGAGAAAAAGGUUGCCUAUUUAGUCACAAACUAGUAUGAUAUACACCAUUUGUAUGAAAAUCUCAGGUCUCAGAUAAAAGUAGGCAAGGCUGUGUUCUCUUUUUAUCUCAGAUUUGACUAAAUUUCAUCAGAAUUGAGGACAUUUUAUAAAAUGGUCACUUUGCACCCUCAUGUUGCUUCCAGUUACACUUUGAAUUAAAAUAAAACAAGCAUCUGUCAUUUAAAACUAUCACAAUUUUAACUGUGCUUGUAGAAUACU